CUUUGAUUCUGUUGCCGAAGCAAGUGCACAUGUAACAUUGAAACGGCAGUAGUUCACAUUGAUAAAUUAUACUUGUGAAGAGAUAAAUAUUGUGAAAUUUAAAUUUAUAUAUUAAGAACUGGUCUCCAGAAUUAACAAGUAACCAUGCCGCAGAAUGAGUAUAUGGAGCGCCAUCGCAAGCUGUAUGGCCGGCGAUUGGAUUAUGAAGAGCGGAAGCGCAAGAAGGAAGCACGUCUUCCCAAGGACCGAGCACGCAAGGCUCGCAAGUUGCGAGGCAUCAAGGCCAAACUCUUCAAUAAGGAGCGGCGCAAUGAAAAGAUUCAGAUCAAAAAGAAGAUCCAGGCCCACGAGGAGAAGAAGGUCAAGAAGCAGGAGGAGAAGGUUGAGGAUGGAGCCCUGCCACAUUACCUGCUCGACAGAGGCAUCCAGUCCAGCGCAAAGGUCCUGUCCAAUAUGAUCAAGCAGAAGAGAAAGGAAAAGGCUGGCAAGUGGGACGUGCCUAUUCCCAAAGUACGAGCUCAGUCAGAUGCAGAGGUCUUCAAGGUGCUGAAGACUGGCAAGACAAAGAGGAAGGCGUGGAAGCGCAUGGUCACAAAAGUCACUUUCGUCGGCGAGAAUUUCACCCGCAAGCCACCGAAGUUCGAACGUUUUAUUCGACCCAUGGGCCUCCGCAUGAAGAAGGCCCAUGUUACGCAUCCAGAACUGAAAGCCACCUUCAAUCUGCCCAUUAUCGGAGUGAAAAAGAACCCUAGCUCGCCCAUGUUCACUUCAUUGGGUGUCAUUACAAAGGGCACAGUAAUCGAAGUCAACAUCUCUGAACUUGGAUUGGUAACGCAAACAGGAAAAGUUGUCUGGGGCAAGUACGCACAGGUCACAAACAAUCCAGAAAACGACGGCGUUAUCAAUGCAGUACUGCUUGUCUAACCAACAAAUGUUGCUCCCUACUUUAAGAGUUUGCUUAAUAAAAAUCCAUAUACAAAUAA